AUGUCUGAACCCGCGGAUCUGUUCACAGCCAAGCCCAUCAACUCGGCUCAGCGACUCGACGGCCCCUCUUCUUAUGUCUUGCGACAAGCGCGAAGAUCUCGACAGGGUGAGGAGGAUCUCGCUGCUCUGGAUGUCACAACCACUCUCUAUGUCGGUAACCUCUCAUUCUUCACAACAGAGGAGCAGAUCCACGAGUUGUUCACCAAAAUUGCAAAGGUGAAGAAGAUCAUCAUGGGUCUCGACCGAUACCAAAAGACUCCUUGUGGAUUCUGCUUCGUGGAAUACUACGAGCACGACGACGCUGUCGCCUGCCUCAAAUACCUGCAUAAGACCAAGCUUGACGAGCGAAUCAUUACCAUUGAUCUGGAUCCUGGCUUCAAGGAGGGACGACAAUUUGGCCGGGGCUCCUCCGGAGGCCAGGUGCGAGAUGAGUUCCGACAGGACUAUGAUUCCGGUCGAGGAGGAUUUGGAAAGCGAUGGGGAGAUGAUGAGCGAGGAGGAGAUGAUUACUGA